UGCUUGGCUUCUGUCUGCCUGCUUCUUCAGCUGAGGGCUGGGGGCUGCCUUUCUGGAGACAAUGACCAUUUUUUGACAAUCCAUCAGCGGAAGAGUGGAAAACCUGUGUUUAUCUAUCACCAUGUGCAGAGUGUGGAGAAAAGUUUGGAUACAGACAGUUAUAAGAAUUCCAAACAAAAUUUCCACUUUUCUUCCCACACUGAAAUAAGCAAGUUGCACCCUGCUAUAAUUGUUAAAUCAGCCUUCCCUAGACCUGCAUAUGACCCAUCCCUCAACCUGUUAGCUAUGACUGGUCAAGAUCUGGAAGUGGAAAAUCUUCCCAUUCCUGCAACGAAUGUGAUUGUUGUGACACUGCAAAUGGAUGUGAAGAAGCUGAACAUCACACUUCUUCGGGUAUUUCGCAAAGGAGUGGCAGCAGCACUGGGACUCUUACCUCAGCAAGUUCACAUCAACAGGCUCAUUGGGAAGAAGAACUGUGUGGAACUGUUUGUGUCCCCACUGAAUACCAAGCCAGGAAUUUCUGAGGCACUCCCAUCUGAAGAAGUGCUGCGUUCCCUUAACAUCAACAUUUUGCAUCAGAGCUUAUCCCAGUUUGGAAUAACAGAAGUCUCCCCUGAGAAAAACGUUUUGCAAGGCCAGCAUGAAGCAGACCAAAUCUGGAGCAAAGAAGGAUUUUACGCCGUGGUCAUCUUUCUCAGCAUCUUUGUCAUCCUAGUAACUUGCUUGAUGGUUCUGUACAGACUAAAGGAGAAGAUCCAGUUGUCACUGAGACAAGAGAAGAAAAAGAAGCAGGAGAUCCACCUCUCACCCCUUCCCCUGCAGACAUCUCAGUCUGAGUAUAAGACUACCAACAGCAUGGUCCAGCCUGAACAGGCUCCAAAGGUUGUCAGUGUUGUGGUGGACCCUCAAGGGCAGUGUGCUCCUGAGCACAAACCUCCCCUGUGUGCCAGUCCGUCUCCAUUCAGAAUGAAACCUGUGGGGCUCCAGGAAAGACGAGGGUCCAAUGUCUCCCUGACUCUGGACAUGAGCAGCCUGGGAAGUGUGGAACCUUUGGUGGCUGUGCCGACUCCCCGGGAGAAGGUAGCUCUGGAGUACCUGCAGUCGGCCGGGCGCCUCCUGACGCGGCAGCAGCUUCGAGAGGCGGUGGCAUGUUCUCAUCUGCUGCAGACAGAAUUCAUGGAAAUACCGAUGAAUUUUGUGGAUCCCAAAGAAAUUGACAUCCCGAGCCAUGGAACUAAAAACCGCUAUAAAACAAUCUUGCCAAAUCCUCUAAGCAGAGUGUAUUUGAAACAAAAAAAUCCAUCUGACUCCUUGAGUACCUACAUAAAUGCUAACUACAUUAGGGGGUAUGGAGGUAAAGAGAAGGCUUUCAUUGCAACUCAGGGACCCAUGAUUAAUACAGUGAAUGAUUUCUGGCAGAUGGUUUGGCAAGAAGACAGCCCUGUCAUUGUUAUGAUCACAAAGCUGAAAGAAAAAAAUGAGAAAUGUGUGCUCUAUUGGCCAGAAAAAAGAGGAAUCUAUGGGAAGGUGGAAGUCCUUGUUAACAGCGUGCAAGAAUGUGAGAACUACACUGUCCGCCAGCUUACAAUAAAGCAAGGGAGUCAGUCCCAGAGUGUGAAACACUACUGGUACACAUCCUGGCCAGACCACAAAACCCCUGACAGCGCUCAGCCCCUGCUGCAGCUGAUGCUGGACGUGGAAGAGGACAGGCUGGAAUCAGCAGGCAGAGGUCCUGUCGUUGUGCACUGCAGUGCUGGUAUAGGAAGAACUGGAUGUUUUAUUGCCACAGCUAUUGGGUGCCAGCAGCUGAAGGAAGAGGGAGUUGUAGAUGCCUUGAGCAUUGUCUGCCAGCUACGAGUGGAUCGGGGUGGAAUGGUGCAGACCAGUGAACAGUAUGAAUUUGUGCACCACGCACUAAGUCUGUACGAAAGCAGACUUUCUGCAGAAGCUGUCCAGUGA